AUGGAAACCAGACAGCCAUCCCGUGGACAACACACCGCGGACCGGGUGUACCAGCGCACCUACAAAGCUUGUAUCUCCUGUCGGCAACGCAAGGCUAAAUGCGAGUUGGGAACGGGAGAAGAUGGUACUCCGAUCGGGCCUCCGUGUGCGAGGUGUCGGAGGGAGCAGAAGGAGUGUUUGUUUAGUGAGAAGAGGGCGUGGGAGAGGGGAAAUAAGAGAUAUGCGGAAGAUGGUGUUGAUACGCUUUCAUCAAGUACACGAAGAAGGCGAUUAAAUGAUGUUGGUGAGAGACAUCAUUCGCGUGAUGUGUCAGAGUAUGGACCUAGUCCGGGGAACAAUGACACCACAUUUGCAGAGAAUACCGGGAAUAUCAACGAGAGCGGCCAAAAUAGACAACAACCAACCUCCAGUCUCGGUAAUUCGAUGAUGCGCACUGUCGUUGCUAGCGGGAAUGAUGCUUUGAAUAUCCUUUUCGAAGCUGCUGCGGCCCACAGUCGUGGAAAUGGCACGGCUGCAGGUGCUCAACCGGGAAACGCUCUGUCUUCCGAGAACAGAACUACUAGAAGCGAAGAUUCAUUAGGUGGCUACUCAGGCGCCGAUUUAGAGGGUUCAACGAGCAUGGUGCACCCUGUGAAAAUCUCUCGGGUGUCGAAAGAGGUCCUCGAUGUGUGGGAGUCAUGCCGUUUUGUUAAGAUGGGAUGGUUUACUUCCAGGGAAGCGGUGACAUUUAUUGACCUGUUCUUCAAGAAUAUGUCUCCAUUAUCCCCGAUCCUUACAGACUUCUACGGAAACCACAAAAACCAUUACUGCCUACUCACACGCGAUCCAGUCCUCUGUUGCACAAUCCUGAUGGUAUCAGCUCGCUAUCACGUAUUACCAGGAGCUGGCGGCGAAUCAAGAAACUUCUUCAUCCACCACCGACUCUGGCAGCAUUGCCAGCAACUAAUCACACGCCUCAUAUUUGGUCAGGACAAAUCUACUUCGUCAAAGAUUCGCGGCAUUGGAACUAUUGAAGCACUUCUAUUGAUGUCCGAAUGGCAUCCUCGUUCACUGCAUUUUCCUCCGGAAGUUGACGGUUGGGAUUGUGACCUAAUGACAGGGACUACCGAGUCUCGCGCAAACGCGGACGAGGAAGAUAUGCUGUCUGCUAACCGGUGGCUAGAAGAUAUGAUCGAGCCUGCUAGAAGAUCGGAUCAAAUGUCCUGGAUGUUACUUGGAUCAGCCUUGUCGCUUGCACAUGAACUUGGUAUUUUCGAGGUCGGGGAUAAGGAACCGAAUUCUCCAUUAGAACCGGAAGGGCACGUGCCGGGUGACCAAAUGAAAUUCCGCAGGCAGCGCGUACAGCGCCUACUAUACGUGUAUAUCAACCAGUUGGCAUGGAGGAUAGGGUGUAUAUCGCUUAUGCCGCAGAGCUUGAAUCACGCGAUUAUAAGCGGGCAAGCGACAAGAGAUCUCAGCCGCUCUGGAGAUGGAUGGUUCACGUUCAUGGACUCAUGGAUGGAUUUGACCAAGUUGGCGAAAUCGGUGACUGAUACUUUCUUUCCUUCUGUUUCGUUUGCGAGGCAGCAGUUGCAUAGUGGUCGGUAUAUUGAUUUACUGGAUCAUUUUCGACCGUUGCUCACUCAGUGGAAAGAGAAAUAUCUUCGGCCUCAAUUAUUGGAUAAGCCAUUUUUCAAUAUCCUCUUUAUAGAAUACCACUUCGUCCGCGUCUAUACUCACUCAGUCGGAAUGCAAGCCGUUGUAGAACGUGUCCUCGCAGAUGGCGAACCCAAUUUGGAAGAAGUGCGCCCUCUGAACAUUGACUCCAUCGAUUAUGAAUAUAUCCAAGAAGUCAUCGAUGGCUGCUGCCAAAUCCUUCAAAAGGUCACCCAGCUCGCAGAAAUUGGUGCAUUGCGAUUCUCACCAGUCCGGAUUUUCUUGCGCAUCACAAGCUCGUCCAUAUUCCUAAUGAAGGCCCUAAGUUUGGGCGCGCGCCAAGCAAAACUGCGGGAGUCACUCGACAUCCUCGAGAGGACCAUCCAGGCGCUAAAAUCCAAUGCUCUGGAUGAUAUCCAUCUGAGUAGCCGUUACGCUACACUACUGGACUUGCACGUCUCGCGUCUACGACGCAACCUAUUAGUAUCUUCAAAGGGCAAGAACAGCCGUGGAACUACCACAACAUCUUCUACAUGCCCACCUUCACGGCCUGAUAAUGGGACUGCUAAUGGCAAUACGACAAUGGUGAACAGUACACCAAUAUCACGUAGCAUGUCGGAUAUCAGCUUCAUUCCAUCGCUGAAUGAUAUGGCUGCGGACGAUUGGCUUUCGUUGCCGUUCGACCCGUCGAUGGCUCCAUUUGGCAUUAGUAGUGGUGGACAGAUACCGGCGCUUGAAGGAGGGGCUCUGGAUUUUAUAUGGAACUUACCAUCAUGA